AUGAUAUUGACUGUGAAUAGGAAGUCCCACGCCCCCCAGGUUAUAAAUCCUCUUCAGGAUGGCUGGGGACUUGAAGAUGUUCUCGGUCACACACUCUGGCUCCUGCAGACCCUAAUGUUGGGAGAUGGGGUUUCACCAUUUGCCCAGGCUGGUCUUGGACUCCUGGCCUCAAGCGAUCCUCCUGUCUCAGACUCCCAAAGCACUAGGAUUACUGGUGUGAGCCACUGUGCCUGGCCGAUGCUGGGUUCUUCUCCUCACCUCCCCUCAGGUGGUGAGGACUCCAUCAGCACCUUGGGCCUGAUCCUUGGCGUGGGGCUGUUGCUGCUGCUCGUGUCCAUCCUCGGCUAUAGCCUGGCCAAGUGGUACCAGCGCAGGUACUGCUGGGAGGGGCCUAAUUUUGUCUUCAACUUAUAUCAAAUCCGGAACCUGAAGGAUCUGGAGAUAGGUCCACCCUUCACCAUCAGUGGUCACAUCAGCAGCACAGAUGGUGGCUACAGGAAGUUCUCCAAUGGGCUAGUCUGAUGCAGAGACAGCAACUUGUGAAGCCCUGGGGAGGUGAGUUGGAGUUGGGAGAGCUUCCGAGU